AUGGCCUCGCUGAAGGUCCCAGAUGCGGGCCUCCAGUUGGAGGGCUCCGCUGACGCUUCAGUCGGCGUGCCCACACAGGCUUUUGCCCUCAGUCUGCCUGACAGCGUUAUUGAGGACAUGAUCAGGUGUGUCCAGAAUGGCGAAGACAUCCAGCUGUCUUUGGGCAACAGCCCGACCUUCCUGUACGGUUUAGAUUCCUUCACGCCUUCACCGAUAUCCGAUCCCGCGCCCGCCGACAUUUUCCUCACAAAGCCCUUCGAAUCGACCAAGAUCGCCUCUCGAAUUCCAAUCACAACCUCGCUCUGGCAGAAACCGAGCUCUCCACGAUCUGAUACCAGCGAACACAAUGCUUCUGCGAGAUCCAAAAACCUUGCUUCAUCCUCAGCAUCUUCUGCUCUGGACUCUGAUGCAGAAAACCUACAGAACUCUAUGGCAGCAGCGGAGGCAUCGAAGAAGCACUCACGCAUUCUUGAGAAGUCGAUGCCUACACAAAAAAAGCCAUCAGCCAAGGCGAAAUCCAAGUAUCUAUCGAGCAUGGCUUCAUAUGGUACAGGCGGCUCUCUACCGUCUUCCCCAGCGUUGACAGCGGUGGGGUCUCCAUCUCUUAAUCAAGGCUACGGUGCUUCACAACAAUCUCGGGACAAGGCCAAGGGUCAGAGGACCAUGAUUGUCCACGAAUUAGCCGCAGCAGAUCAGUCUUAUGACUUCCUGGAAUCAAAAUGGGAUGGCAAGGCGGACGACUUCAAGCUUACGCUCGAAAAGGUUGCCGACUUCGACAACAGUGCACAAAAAUGGAUGCUAAAGAGACUUUACUGGAAAGAACUGGACGUUUGGAGAUAUGACUACGACAGUCCUGACGAUAGGCAAAAGGCUAUCGACAAUGCCAUUCGGGCCUUCGACAAGAUGCGGUUGGGAAUUGAGGAACCCGAAUGGCAAAAACUGCUGCCCAAAGACGAGCGUGGGAAGGGAAAAAUCCUGAGCAAACUGCAAGCCAACAUCGCCAAAGGCCCGGCUGUGCCAACACCGAAGAUCAAGGUUCAAAAGGCCGACGAUGGGACAAGCGAUGCGGGCGGCGAAGACGCACUCAAGAUCGAUGAUGGGAGGAGUUCGGUGCGAUCCAACUCAUCGUUGCCGGGGAAAAAGAAGGUCAGCAGCGCCGAUGCACAAGUCAAGAGGCUCUUGUCGAACAAGCCCAGCAAACCCAAAGCAGCCCCGGCAAAAGCGCCAGCCUCCAAGUACGCGAAGGACAGGCCUUCAUCGUCUGCACCGGUAAAGGGUGGCAAGGUGCUCUCAGCGGAGUUCAUCUCAGACUCCGAUUCAGAGUCUUCAAGCAAUAAGCCGAUGGCAAGUGUCUCGUCAUCGAAGACCAAGAGGCCAUCGCCGGCCCCGGCUCCUAGACCGAAGGAAAAGCCAGCCCCUGCUUCGGCCCCGGCCCCGCGACCAAAGUACCCUCCUAGACCGAAGCCUGUCGAACGGCCAGCCGAGCAGUCAAAUGAGCGACUAGUGGAUCGUGAGCCCACAAGGCAAGCCAAAAUACAAGCACCGGUCAAGCGGCGCAGGGACGAGGAACCGGAGGAGAGCAGCUCAAGUUCGGGCGCGCCGCUCGCCAAGCGUAUGAAGCCGAAAAUGUCAACAACUGGCGAGAAGGCACCGAUCAGGCCUCCAACGAAGCUCAAGCAGCGACCCAUCCCUGCGGACACGACACGGAACUCCUCGGCCUCAAACGGCAGUCUCCCUUACAAAGCCACCAAGAACACUUCGCCGACCAAAUCUUCGCCAUUGGCCUCCUCGCCGCCAACGAAUGCUUCCGAUCUCGAGCAGCGGCGCCAGCUCCCUCCGGACCUGGCCCCUAUCAACCGCAAGCGCAAAGUCACUGCUGAUACUUCUGAUGAUGGCUUGUCAAGCAAGGGUAGCACUACUAGUGCCGACAGCAAUAAGCGAUACAAACCCAUUGGUCAGGAUCUUGUUCGCAAAGCACACAAGUUCAAGAUGUUCUAUGAGAAGUACGCAUCGCUGCACCGAGAGAUUGCGAGCAUGGACCAUCCGCCAAAGGAUCGACUGGCCGAUCUGAUCGAUAUGCGACAGCGGUUACAGAACAUGAAGACGGACAUCUACAGAGAGUGCCCGCCUGCCAUCACGGCAGUUUAG